UGCGUCACUUUAAGUUCAAAAUCAACAUUUUUUUAAAUUCAUUUUAAAUUAUAUUUUAUUAAAAUCAUUAUUUAAAAAUAUGCCGACGAUUCAGAAUUCAGAUUCAAUUAAAAAAUAAUUUUGAAACGACUGGUUAUAACUCACAAAUUGAAUAAUUUGCAAAUGGCAAAUCUUUGGCCAGUCAUAUCUAAAAUUCCAGUUAAUUUAGCAUUUGACUUUAAUACAAUAAAUAGUUUUCAAAAAUGUAUGGAGGAUGCUGGUAAUUGGUAUUGCAAACAUGUCUGUAUGCAAUUAUUUCACGAAAAGAAAAUAUGUGAUGUAAAUUCAUUAGAGCACUAUAAGUGGCCCAGUAUAAUUGCCAAAUUGCCUCAAGUAGACUUUGAUGAUUUUACUCUUCAACAAAUUAAACAAAAACAAUUCACUUAUGAACUUAGCGUUUUACAUGGGUUUAAAGUCAAACAGUUCAUGAUAAACUUAUCUGAGAACCAUGUAAAUUUAGCUAGAAUAUUAAGUAAAUAUUUAGAUCACCCUAUUCAUUUUUACUUAAGAAUACCAAUAGACUCGUGGGAUUUGUGGAAUAACUUUAGGAACUCUAUAGGGUAUAGUCUGCAAUUAGGAGUUAUACUAGUAUUAAAGAAAUUUGUGUUGCCACAAGAAGAAAUUAAAAGAUGGAUUGGUGAACCAGUAUUAGCCCUAUUAAUUGAAACGGACAUUUUCAUACCUAAUGUGAAAAACUUUUAUGUACUCGGUGAAGAACAUGAAAAAUUUCUAAAAAUAGCUAUCCAACAAAAAUGGAUGAUCAUGCUAUCUGGUGAGUCUUCCCCCUCCAUACUGGAUUAUUUUUAUUAUAUAAUGUUUGUUGCAAAAAAUGUUCAAAUACCUGUUCCAAUAUUAAGUUGUGACAAUCUCUUGCAAUUUCCUUUACAACCGUUAAGAGAUAAUCUCAUGUCUUGUGUUUAUCAUGUAUUUGAACAGGACCCAGUAAAAUAUUCGCAAUAUCAAAAAGCCAUAUACACAGCAAUAAAGGAUAGAAACAACAAAAACGUAGUCAUAGCUGUUAUUGGUGCUGGAAGAGGACCACUGGUUAAAGCCAGUUUGAGAGCUGCAGAUUUGGCAGCGGCAAACGUGAAGAUAUUUGCAGUUGAAAAAAAUGAAAAUGCUAUACCAACACUACUAUUGUUUAAAAAUAAUGUAUGGGGCGAUUCAGUGCAGGUAGUUUUCAGUGAUGGUCGAGAUUGGGAUCCACCUGAGAAAUGUGAUAUUAUGGUGUCAGAAUUACUAGGAUCAUUUGGAGAUAACGAAUUAUCGCCUGAAUGUUUAGAUGGAGCUCAAAAAUGUUUAAAGGAUGACGGUAUAAGUAUACCGUGUACAUAUUCUUCUUUCCUUAGACCAGUAAUGUCACAUAAAUUAUACAGUCAAACUACUACAAAUAAAGAUACCGAUGGCUGUGAAUCAAAAUUUAAGUACCCAGAAUUUGAACAAAUGUAUGUUGUUCUUCAACCAGAGAGCUAUAAGCCAACAGAUCCUAAAAUACUAUUUACAUUUAACCAUCCUACUAAAACUUUACCAGACAAUACAAGGUAUAAAUGUUUAGAAUUUAAAGUAACAGCUAACAUGCAAUUGCACGGUUUCAGUGGAUAUUUCGAUGCCAUUUUGUACAAAGAUAUAAUAAUAAGCAUUGAACCAUCAACGCAAAGUGUUGGUAUGUUUAGCUGGUUUCCAGUUUAUUUUCCAAUCAAAGACACUAUGUUUGUUAAGGCUGGGGAUGUUAUAACUGUACAUUUUUGGAGAUGUUGUAAUAACUACAAAGUAUGGUACGAAUGGAGUGUUUCGUCUCCAAAACAAACACCUGUAUACAAUUGUAAUGGUCGAUCAUACUCUAUGAAGCUUUAAAAGGAUAAAUUUAAAAUGUAAUUAUUUAAUAAUAACUGUUUUGUUGUUGUUGUUAUAAUCAAUGUUUAAAUGUAUGUUUUAUAUUAGUUGUAUAUUAGGUUUUUAUAUUUUAUUUUGGCAAAAAUAAUUAUAAUUUAUUAAUUAGCUAUUUUUUAACUGAUCAUUAGUA